AUGAGCUCUGCUGUGGAAGCUGCCCCAGCCCCGCUGUGCUUUAAGAUUAAUGGCUCCUGCUACCGAACCCUACAUCCCUUUGGGGUCCAGCUAACCAUCUAUGUGGUCUGUGCCCUGGGCAUGCUACUUACAGUCCUGGGGAACCUGCUGGUGAUUAUUUCCAUAUUCCAUUUCAAAAUCCUUCACACCCCCACCAAUUUCUUGCUGCUCUCCCUGGCGUUGGCAGACCUCUUGCUAGGCUUAACAGUCCUUCCCUUCAGCACAAUCCGCUCGGUAGAGAGCUGCUGGUACUUUGGGGAUGCCUUCUGCCGUUUCCACACCUUCCUGGACACGGUCUUCUGCUUGGCCUCCAUUUUCCACCUCUGCUUUAUCUCCAUCGACCGCCACUGUGCCAUCUGCGACCCUCUGCGCUACACCACCAAGUUCACCGUGCGGGUAGCUUGCGUCUACGUCAUGGUCGGGUGGGGGGUCCCUGUGCUUUACACGUCCAUCUUCCUCUACAGUGAAAGAGUUGAGGAAAGUUUAGGCCAGUUCUUACAGGACAUGCCUUGCGUUGGGAGUUGCCAGCUGCUGCUCAACAAACUCUGGGGCUGGAUAAACUUCCCGCUCUUCUUCUUCCCCUGCCUCAUCAUGGUAGGGCUGUAUGUCAAGAUAUUUAUCGUGGCGACCAGGCAAGCCAAGCAGAUAAACAUGUGUCAGUCAGGAGCGACAAGGCGAGAAAUGAAGGCAGCGAAAACACUGGGAAUCGCUGUUGGCAUCUACCUCUUAUGCUGGUUGCCUUUUACCAUAGACACAAUGGUAGACAGCCUUCUUGAUUUCAUUACCCCACCUGUUUUGUUUGAUGUUCUCAUUUGGUUUGCUUACUUUAAUUCAGCCUGCAACCCUUUGAUUUAUGUGUUUUCCUACCACUGGUUCAGGAAAGCUGUAAAGCUCGUUUUAUCCCGUCAGAUCUUCUGUACAAGAACAUCUACUGUGGACUUGUACCAGGAGGAAUAA